AUGAUAGGGACCAAAGAGAGACCUGGACUCAUGACUUUGAUGACGAAGGCAUUGUAUGAGAAGUUGGACAAUCAGUAUCACGUUCUACUGUCUUAUAUGGUUAGUUGAAAUAUCGGAUCUAAGUAAUUACUAUCGACAUUUAGGAGAUAUACAACGAAAUCAUACGUGAUCUACUGAAUCCAUCUGGCGGAGAUCUAGAACUUCUCGAAGAUGAGCGGGGAAACAUCAGAGUGCCCGGACUGUCAUCUGUCCGAGCUCCGAACCUCUCCAGAGUGAGUCUUUUUUCAAAAGCAGACGAGAGUGGCAAUUCUAUGACCUUUUGAGCUACAGUAAUCCUUAUUUGUCUUUAGAUCAUGCAAAUACUGCAAGAAGGCAAUCUGCGACGCACUCAGGAAGCGACGAUGGCGAAUAAGACGAGCUCAAGAAGUCAUGCUUUGCUCCAGGCAAGAUUCAUCCAACCACGCACUUAA